AUGAGAGGAGGAUUGGGUUCUGUUAACCAGCUUUCUGUGACAAUUGGAAUAAUGUUGGCGUAUUUGCUUGGUCUCUUUGUUCCAUGGAGAAUUCUUGCAGUUUUAGGGGUAUUGCCAAUGACAAUACUGAUACCAGGUCUCUUUUUCAUUCCUGAAUCACCUCGCUGGCUGGCAAAAAUGGGUAUGACUGAUGAUUUUGAGACUUCAUUACAAGUUCUUAGAGGAUUUGAGACUGAUAUUACCGUUGAGGUUAAUGAAAUCAAGAGAUCUGUGGCAUCAUCUUCAAAGCGAUCAUCUACAGUUCGGUUUGUAGAUCUCAAGCGGAGGAGAUACUAUUUCCCACUCCUGGUACAACCACUGAAUAUCUUUCCCUUUGGUUGGUAUAGGGUUGCUUGUUCUUCAACAACUCAGGUGGAAUCAAUGGCGUCAUAUUCUACUCCAGUACAAUCUUUGAAUCUGCAGCGGCUUUUGGGGUCGGUAUAUGACAAAGAUGAGCUUGUUUUGUCCGGAACGCUUGAGAUGUCUAGUAGCAAUGGUUACACGUCCGGUGAAUCUAAGCAUAGCUUGAAGCGUUGGAACAUGAACUGUGAAGCUGAGAUCACUGCUGGUUCUGGUUUCUUGAAGUCUAUGUCACUGGUUGCUUCUCAGGAACACCUAUCAUCUUCACCAAGACACUACAGCUUGGUUUUAGAGGGAAUGCGUUAG